AUUUUAUUUUACUUUUUUCAUUUUUUGAAAUGGAGAACGUAGUUGAGCUAAUCAAUCGAGUUCAAGACGUCUUCUCAACUGUAGGAGGAAAUGAGAGUCUUGAUCUCCCUCAGAUCAUUACUGUCGGUGCGCAGAGUUCAGGAAAAUCGUCCGUUUUAGAGAACAUUGUUCAAAGAGAUUUCUUACCUCGUGGAAGUGGAAUCGUCACUCGUAGACCACUUGUUCUUCAACUAAUCACAUUGCGAUCUGAGACUGAUGGACCCGACUAUGCGGAAUUCUUGCAUGUUCCUCAAAAAAAGUUUUAUGACUUUAACGACGUGCGACGUGAAAUUGAGGAUGAUACGGCUCGGAUAGCCGGACAUAACAAGGGAAUUGCUCGGAAACCAAUUCAUCUUAAAAUUUACUCUAAAAAGGUUCUCAACCUUACACUUGUUGACCUUCCUGGCCUGACAAAGCUACCUAUCGGCGAUCAGCCGGCUGAUAUCGAAAAGCAAAUCCGACAGCUUAUCCUAGACUAUAUUUCCAAGCCAAAUAGUAUUAUACUAGCAAUUACACCAGCUAACUCUGAUUUGGCUAAUUCAGACAGUCUGAAGCUGGCAAGAAUGAUGGAUCCAGCAGGAAAGCGUACGAUUGGCGUUGUAACAAAGCUAGAUCUAAUGGAUGCUGGUACCAACGCUCUGGAUGUCUUGACUGGAAGAGCCUUCCCUCUAAAAUUAGGCUUUGUUGGUCUUGUAAACCGAAGUCAACAGGAUAUAUUGACCAACAAACCGAUGAUAGAGGCCCUAAAGGCUGAAGAACAAUUUUUUCAAAGACAUCCAGCUUACCAAAGUAUUGUCAAUCGUUCAGGAACAGCAUAUCUGACCAAGCAGCUUAACAUAAUUUUGGUCAAUCACAUUCGCGAAAAGCUACCCGAUUUACGUUCAAAGCUCAGCUCCAUGAUCGGACAGACACAGCAUGAACUAGCUCAGUACGGAGAUCCAGCUUUUACCGGAAAAGUACAUAGCGGCUCAUUGAUCCUCAAACUUCUUACCAUGUUCUCGACAGAAUUUGUAGCUUCUAUAGAUGGUACCUCUUCACAAAUAUCAACCAAAGAGCUAUCUGGAGGCGCAAGAAUUUAUUAUAUUUUCAACAAUAUUUUUGGCCAUGCCUUGGAUUCUAUAUCACCUUGUGGAAACCUCACAAACGAAGAUAUCCGUACUGCUAUUCGUAAUUCGACCGGACCAAGAUGUUCGCUGUUUGUACCUGAACUUGCAUUUGAUUUGCUUGUGCGACCCCAAAUAAAAUUACUUGAAGCACCCAGUCUCAAAUGCGUCAAUUUGGCAUAUGAAGAACUCUACAAGAUCUGUCAUACAUGCGGCAACAAGGAGCUGUUACGAUUCCCCAAAUUACAUGCAAGGCUAAUCGAAGUGGUGUCCAACUUAUUGCGUGAACGUCUGAUGCCAACCUCCGUCUACGUUGAGAGUCUCAUAUCAACCCAGUGUGCCUACAUAAACACAAAUCACCCAGACUUUCCUGGGGCAAGUGGUGCUAUGGCUGAACUAGAAAAGAAAUCUAAAGGAGGGUUAAAGAAGAAGCAGAAUCGUACAUUGAACCAAGGUGCAUCUGGAAAUCCAAACCAAAAACACAAAGAAAACGGGGUGCAUACCGGUUCAAUUUAUGCGGAUUCGCCACCAAAAGACUCGUUCUUGAACUACUUUUUUGGAGGUGCACCCAAAGCAGACAGAACCAGCAAAGAUUUCCAAGAAAAAAAUCCCUUUGGCCAACUAUCACAGCCAAAUGAUAUUGAAGGGCUUGAUUCUCCAUUUACACAACACUCAAUUUCAUCGGAAAGUACUAUUGAUCCUACACCUUCAAGCCGUUCACAUCAGGAAGACCUUGAAGUUGAACUUAUUCGAUCCUUGAUUACUUCUUAUUUCAACAUUGUACGUAAGUCUAUUCAAGACCUAGUACCCAAAGCAAUCAUGCACUUCCUUGUCAAUUUUACAAGAGAAUCAGUUCAAAACAGACUGGUAGCAGCACUAUACUGUGAAGAGCUUUUUGGGGAAUUACUACAAGAAGAUUCUUCUAUUUCAGCAGAACGAGAACGAUGCAAGACCAUGUUGGAAGUGUACAAAAGAGCAUUUUCUAUUGUGAAUGAUGCAAUGUAA